AUGCGUCGACAGAAACAGAGAGAGGCUUAUCAUAAGAAAAAAUUACGCCUAUCUUUUGGUACUUAUACAUCAAAAGAUACUGAAGAAAUUGUUGAUACUGCUCCUGCUACUGCAUUAACUGUUACCACGAGUACCAAAUGCCUGUCGAGUGAAGAUCUUCAAAAAAUGGAGAGUGCCACUUCUACUGCAGACAACAUAUUAUCUGCUAAAGUGCCAUCUCCAGAUAAUGCUAAGACAUCCAAUACAACUACACAAGACAAUGGUCAGCAGACUAAAAGUCAAGCUAGAAAUUCUUCACGGCAUUGUUCGGUCAAACGCUCUAGGAAAAAAGCAGCUCCAGCGAAAGGUAAUACAGUCCUACAAGGCAUUGAUGCACUUAAUUGCAUACCUCACAAGUCAAAUAAGUUACCUCGGAAGGAAGAUUGUCAAUAUUGUCAUGCAAAAAAGUUCCAUUCUGAAACAGCCAAUUUCUGCUGCUCUGAUGGUUCUGUUGUUCUCCAUGACAAUAAAUUGCCCAGUGUUCUUGUUGAACUAUUCACUGCUCAAACAGAAGAAGCGAUUUGUUUCCGUACAUAUGUUAGAACAUAUAACAAUAUGUUUGCUUUCACUUCAUUUGGUGUUCACUACGACAAGGCGCUCUGCAAAAGGAACAAUGGGAUCUACACUUUCAAAAUUCAAGGACAGACUUACCAUUUUAUUAAUCAUCUGAUUCCUCAUCAUGGUUCAGGAAUGUAUCUCCAACUUUACUUCCAUGACACAGAUCGUGAGCUACAGAAUAGAAUGGCCACGUCAGACAGAUUAACUGAAAGCCUUGUGAUCAAAAUCAUGGAAGUUAUGAAGACAAAUCCUUAUGCUUGCUUUUUUCGUAGUUUACGAAACGUACCUCAGCUGGAUUCUUAUCAAAUAGUCUUGAAAUCUCACACCGAUAAUGAUCAACGUGUAUUUAACCAGCCAACAGCUUCCCAAAUUGCAGCUCUUUGGCUAUUCAACGAUGCGAGAACUCAAAAGGAAUAUGUAUCAAUGAGAGAAUACUAUGCUUACAAAAUGCAAAUUAGAUACCAGUGCACGCCUAACAUUCUCAACACUGGAAGACUAUUUCAGCAAUUUGUAGUUGAGAUGUAUGUAAAGAUUGAGACUCAGCGGUUAGAUUUCUACAGAAGCAGACAACAAUUAAUACGCAGGGAACAAUUACAAGGACUCAUGGAUAGUGUUGUUCAAGGACAAUCUCGCGGAGCACAGGUUGGCCAAAAAGUUAUCCUUCCAGCUUCGUUUAUUGGGGGUCCAAGAGAUAUGAAAAGACGAUACGUAGAUGCAAUGGCUCUUGUACAAAAAUCUGGCCGACAUGAUAUAUUUAUUACAAUGACUUGUAACCCUGCUUGGCCAGAGAUAAAAGAAGCCAUGUUACGUACAGAUGAAGCUCAGAACCGACCAGAUCUCCUAUCAAGAGUGUUUCAUGCAAAGGUCAACAUUUUAAAGGAAGAUUUAUUCAAAAAGCAUAUAUUUGGAGAUGUAGCAGCAUAUACUUAUGUUGUGGAAUUCCAGACACGUGGACUACCACAUAUUCAUAUGCUUAUUAUUCUACAGCCGAGAUCAAAAUUAUAUUCGACAGAAUCCUAUGAUCGAAUUGUGUCUGCUGAAAUACCAGAUGAACAAGCAAAUAAACAUCUGUUUAAUAUGGUUCGAAAGCACAUGAUGCAUGGCCCAUGCAGAUCAAAAAAUCCAAAGAACGUGUGUAUGCAAGGCUCAUUUAUGAGAAGGUGCAGAAAUAAUUAUCCCAAGAAAUGGGCUAGCAGAACAACUCAUGGAAACAACACCUAUCCAACUUAUAGACGAAGAAAUGAUGGCAAGAAAAUCAUUGUCCGUGGACAAGAACUCGAUAACAGGUGGGUAGUUCCAUACAAUCCCUAUUUACUUGCGAAAUUCAAUUGUCAUAUCAAUGUUGAGAUAUGUUCUACUGUUAAAGCUGUUAAAUAUAUCUAUAAAUAUAUCUACAAAGGACAUGAUAAGAUACAUUUCCAGGUUAACAAUGAUAAUGAACCAAUAGCUAAUAACCAACCAACUCAGAUUGAUGAAAUUACAAAAUAUCAAUCAGCUAGAUGGGUAUGCCCAGUUGAAGCUAUAUGGCGUAUUUAUAGAUUUUCGUUAUCUGAAAUGCAUCCUGCAGUUAUUCAUCUUCAGCUACACCUUGAGAAUUUUCAGUGCAUGACUUUUAAUGAAAAGGAAGAUUUACGAGAUCUCUUACAAAAUUCUUUCAGGAAAAGAACAAUACUAACAGAAUUUUUUCGCAUGAACACUACUGAUCCAUUAGCUAAGCAGCUAAAAUGUACAUACAAAGAGUUUUCAGAGUAUUUUGUAUGGUAUCGUGGAAAAAAAUAUUGGGCAGUGAGACAACAAAAAGACAGUAUUGGUAGGAUAGUUAGUGCCAGUCCAACAGAGGGUGAACGCUACUUUCUUAGACUGUUGCUUACUCAUGUCAAAGCACCAACAUCUUUUGAUGACUUGAAGAUAGUAAAUGGAGUUCAUGUUGGUAUGUAUCGACAAGCAGCUAUCCUGAAAGGUUAUUUUGAAUCAAAUGAUUCACAAGAACAAUGUAUGGAAGAAGCUGCUGCAUAUCAUAUGCCAUACAGUCUAAGGAGAUUAUUUGCAACUUUAUUAGUUUAUUUCCCACCGGCAAAUCCUCCAACUUUAUGGAACAAAUUUGAACAGGCAAUGUCUGAAGACUACAAUGGGACAUCUACUUUACCUCCUGAACAGAUUCGACUUGAGGUACUACACCAAAUCAACAACUUUUUGGAUUCAAUGGGAAAAGACAUAAACAGCUUUUCCUUAGUCUCUACAACAUUGAGAUUCCGAGAUAGAUACACAAAUACAAGAGACACCUUAAGUGAACUCAAUAUUCAGGUAUCGGAAGCAGAUUUAUUAGCCAUUACACAGCUCAAUGCAGAACAAAAAACUGCUUUUCACCACAUAAUGGAUGCUAUCUUUGUCAAACAAAAGGGAUGCUUUUUUAUUGAUGGCCCUGGAGGCACUGGAAAAACAUUUCUAUACAAAGCUUUGCUAGCUGAAAUAAGAUCAAAGGGUUAUAUAGCUCUUGCAACUGCAUCAUGUGGAGUUGCAGCAUCUAUCUUACCCGGAUGA